CAAAUUUUUGUUGGGACAAACUAGUCGAAUAUAAUAUAAAAGGUGUUUGUGUGUGUUCUUCCAUCCUUAGCAACACUGGUAAGUUUUCUGUAAUCUUACUUAGUAAGUACCCUUCAGAUCUUUACCAUUACGUCCUUUGCCAUCUUCAUAUGCUGCCACUGACACAGUUUCUGACACUCACCACUUGCACUCUCUAUCUUUGGCUCCAAAGAUACACUCCAAACCCACAAUGAGAAAGAACAAAACAGCCCCCACUUUAUGUUUCACUUGCUAUUUCUGAAACUGCCGACCCUUUUGACCAACUAGCUUUUGUUAUUAUUCUUCUUGCUGUUGCUGUUGUUACUGAGCCAUGGAAAUCAUGGAAAUGGAGGAAUUUUUAUGGGGUGGUGACAUUGAUGGGGAUGUUCCUAAGGGGAACAGUGAUGGUUUUGAAGGAAGCAGUGGAAUGAUUGGAAGUGGGUGUGGUUCAUCUUUCUCUCUGGUUUUGGAUAGGGAGAGAGGGGAGCUUGUGGAGGCUCCUGUGAAAUUGGAGAGAAAAGGGGUGUCCACUGAGAGAACCACUGAAGCUUUGAAGAACCACAGCGAGGCAGAGAGGAGAAGGAGGGCAAGGAUUAAUGCACAUCUUGAUACUCUUCGCAGUGUCAUUCCCGGUGCUAUGAAGAUGGACAAAGCAUCAUUACUUGGUGAGGUUAUCAGACAUUUGAAAGAGCUGAAAAGGAAUGCAGCACAGGCUUGUGAAGGUUUGAUGAUACCAAAGGACAAUGAUGAAAUAAGUGUUGAAGAACAAGAGGGUGGGUUGAAUGGUUUUCCUUAUUCAAUUAGAGCAUCACUAUGUUGUGAAUAUAAACCUGGCCUGUUGUCUGAUAUAAGACAAGCACUAGAUUCUCUUCAUCUUAUGAUAACAAGGGCAGAUAUUGCAACCUUAGAAGGCAGAAUGAAGAAUGUUUUUGUGAUCAUUAGCUGCAAAGAACACAACUUUGAAGAUGCUUCAUACCGUCAGUUUCUGGCUGGUUCUGUUCACCAAGCUCUUAGAUCUGUGCUCAAUAGAUUUUCUGUUUCAGAGGACAUUUUAGGAACCAGGAAAAGAAGAAGGAUUUCUAUAUUCAGUUCUUCAUCUUUGGAAGAUUUCUUGUAACCUCCCUUUCCAAGUCUUAAUGUGAUGAGUGAUAGCAGUAAGUUCUUCAUGUACCAUGUAGACUCAUGUAUACAUACUCAAAUGUUGUCCUUCCAUGCUUUCUGAUAUGGACAUGUACUUUUUGAGAAGACAAAUCAUGUGAAAAUAUAAUGGGCAUCUUUUUUGGGGUGUA